GAUUGCCGCAGCCACUGACCUGAUCUCUCUGCCAGGCCUCAUCCCCUCAAUUGAUCCUCGGUGAGCCAAUUGAUAUUCCGACAGCUUCAUCAUGGUUCUCCCACGACCGACGACGCUGCGAGCAUCCUCAAUCGCUCGAUUCGCCCGCAUCGCUAGACACACCCGCACUGCCGAGCUUCAGCCAUGGCAGCGGAUGCUCCAACGCACCGGCUGCAGAAGUUACGCGUCCGCUCACGGUCACGGUGGGACCACGAAGAGUGAUAUUCCAUGGGCAGCAACAGCAGUAGUCGCCACCGCUGCCGGCCUCUACUUCGUUACCACUCAGGACCUCGGUCACGGCGAAGAACAUGGUGAGCAUCAUGGCGAGAAGCACGAGGGACACGAAGAAGCAUCCGAAGAGAAGGAGGAGGAGGAGGAGUCCAGUGAAGACUCCAAGGACUCUUCUGAGGAUGGGUCUAAGGCUGAGAAACCGACGAAGGAGGAGUCCCCCGAUAAGUCCGACAAGCCCGACCCUCGCAAAGAGCCCAAGAGCUCCAAUGAAACUUCUGGAAAGCAAGAGGGCCUCUCGAAUACAGAUACUAAACACUCCACACCUGUAUCUGAGAACCCAGACAAAAGCAAGAAGGGCGAGGGUGUUGCGGAGACAGCCAAGGCCAAGGGAACCAUCUCUACCGACCGACCUCCGGCUGAAAACAAGGAAGAGAGAGGCAAGGGCCAGUAGGAUAAGAGCAAGUAAAUCGCCUCCCGAGCGAACUUCGUCAUCUCGCAUUAAUCCGCAUUGCUCUGAGGAAUUCGAUCUGAGUGAGACUGUCGCUAGAGUCUGUACAGUAUUGGCAUAUACUUAUUCAUCCCCUGCUUGAAGCAUUCCCAGCUCUUCUUGCAACCGUGUAUUAUUACGUCAUCUUUGAGGACCGCAGUGGAACAGCCACUAUCGAUAACUGAUCUUGC